GUACUUACUUACUGUCUGAUCAUCUCUCAUUUCAACUCUUCAGAUCAAAACAGAUUCGUCUCGAUGCAGUACAAGAACUUGGGGAGAUCGGGAUUGAAGGUGAGCACGCUCUCUUUCGGAGCGUGGGUCACUUUCGGCAACCAGCUAGAUGUGAAAGAAGCCAAGUCGAUUCUCCAGUGCUGUCGCGAUCACGGAGUCAAUUUCUUCGACAACGCCGAGGUUUACGCCAAUGGCCGCGCCGAGGAGAUCAUGGGCCAGGCGAUUCGCGAGCUCGGUUGGCGCAGAUCCGACGUCGUUGUCUCCACCAAGAUCUUCUGGGGUGGUCCUGGUCCUAACGACAAAGGUUUGUCGAGGAAACAUAUAGUUGAAGGAACCAAAGCUUCUCUCAAACGACUCGAUAUGGACUAUGUCGAUGUGCUCUAUUGUCACAGGCCGGAUGCUUCAACUCCUAUAGAAGAGACAGUGAGGGCGAUGAACUACGUGAUUGAUAAGGGUUGGGCAUUCUACUGGGGGACUAGUGAAUGGUCGGCUCAACAGAUCACAGAGGCAUGGGGAGCUGCUGAGAGGUUGGAUCUGGUUGGUCCAAUCGUUGAACAGCCUGAGUACAACAUGUUCGCUAGGCACAAGGUUGAGUCAGAGUUUCUUCCUCUGUACACAAACCAUGGCAUAGGUCUCACUACUUGGAGUCCACUUGCAUCUGGUGUGCUCACUGGUAAAUACAACAAGGGAGCUAUUCCUUCGGACAGCCGAUUUGCAUUGGAGAACUACAAAAACCUUGCCAAUAGAUCACUUGUGGAUGAUGUUCUGAGGAAAGUUAGUGGUCUCAAGCCUAUUGCAGAUGAGCUAGGUGUAACAUUGGCUCAGCUUGCAAUCGCGUGGUGUGCUUCAAAUCCUAAUGUGUCUUCUGUUAUCACUGGUGCCACAAGGGAGUCACAGAUUCAAGAAAACAUGAAGGCUGUUGAUGUGAUCCCAUUGUUGACGCCACAUGUUCUGGACAAGAUCGAGCAAGUGAUACAGAGCAAACCUAAACGUACUGAAUCAUACCGUUAAAAACCAAAUCAUGAGAUCUCUCUUUUCCUUAUCGGAACGGUUUCAGAAAUGAGUGGUGCAUGCAAAAGGAGAUCAUUUUGGAGCUUCUUGGAUGUUGUCUUUGUGUUGUUCUCAUGCAGUUUAAAACUCAGAGAGACAGAGAGCGUUAUUAUGUGUGUUUUCGUUAGUUUCUAUAUUGUUUGUGAAACUUAAGAUUUGGCUCUUUGUAGUUGCAUUGUCAUGAAGUCAGUAUUAUUUAUAAUUACAGAUUUGUUGAAAA